AUGUCGUUUAGGAUAGAUUUUGAAGGCAGCUCGGACAUAGGAGCGUAUAUUUCGCUUACUAACACUUACUGCAUAGUUGGACGAGGUCGGAGCAGCAAUGUGCUUAAGUUUCUGCAUGAGAAUGUAGCAAUGCCUAUAGUUGAGACAAGUAUCAAUGGAAUACGUAGUGUUGGAUCACAGUGUAGGGGAAAUAAGCAUGGGCUUGUGGUGCCGAACACGAUGAGUGACCAGGAGCUUAUUCAUAUGCGUAACUCACUUCCUGAGAAUGUGGUGGUGAGGAGGAUAGACGAGAGACUGAAUGCGCUUGGUAAUGUGAUACUGUGCAAUGAUUAUGUGGCAAUUAUACAUGCAGAUUUGGAUGCAGAGACUGAAGAAGUGAUCAGAGACGUGCUUCGUGUUCCUGUGUAUCGGCAGAACAUUGGACAAGAGCCGCUUGUAGGGACAUUUGGAGUAAUGAAUAAUCAGGGAAUGUUGGUGCAUCCUGAAACAAGUCAGGAAAGCCUGAAAGAGCUGAGUGAGUUACUUGAGGUAAAUGUUGUUGCAGGGACAGUGAAUGCAGGAGGUCCGUGUGUUGGAGGAGGUCUUGUGGUGAAUGACUGGACAUGUAUUGCUGGGGCUAAGACAACAAAUGUUGAGAUGGCAGUUAUUGAAGGUGUGUUUGAUCUUGUGGGUGAUCUUGACCUGGAAGCAAGAAGACGAGCGAUUGUAGAUGCAAUUGUGCGAUAG